AUGGUGAAGAAGGACUGCAGCAUUCAAGAAAAAAUCGACUUAGAAAUUCGAAUGAGAGAAGGAAUAUGCAAACUCCUUUCUUUGAGCACUCAGAAAGACCAGGUUUUGCAUGCAGUUAAGAACCUCAUGGUAUGCAAUGCUCGAAUAAAGGCGUACACAUCCGAGCUACAUACAUUAGAAGAACAGAUUGUAAAUCAAACUGGAAAAUGUGAUGUGAAAAUUGAAGAUAAAGAACGAACAGCAUGUAAAGCAAAGAUUGCCAUCUCAGAUAUCCGAAUACCACUAAUGUGGAAAGACACUGAUCACUUCAGCAAUAAAGAACGAUCACAGCGCUAUGCCAUUUUUUGUUUAUUCAAAAUGGGAGCUGAAGUUUUUGCCACUGACAUGGUGAUUGUGGAUAAAACAAUCACAGAUAUAUGCUUUGAAAAUGUAACCAUAUUUAACAAAGCAGGGCCAGACUUUCAGAUAAAGGUGGAAGUAUAUAGUUGCUGUACAGAAGAAUCUUCUAUGAUCAACACACCAAAAAAGCUAGCUAAGAAACUUAAGACAUCUAUAAGUAAAGCAACCGGAAAGAAAAUAAAUUCAGUGCUUCAAGAAGAUGAUCAUGAAAUGAGCUUGUUCUUCAGUUCAGCCGUUUUUGGUGCAAGGUAUAAUUUACUAGCUCACACUACCCUGACCUUGGAAAGUAUUGAGGAUAGCUUCAAGACCCAUAAUCUGUCUAUUAGUGGAAGUGAGGAGUCGUCAUUUUGGCUUCCCUUAUACGGUAAUAUGUGCUGUCGAUUAGUGGCCCAGCCCGCUUGCAUGGCCAAGGAUGCAUUUGCAGGAUUUCUUAAUCAGCAGCAAAUGGUAGAAGGUCUAGUCAGUUGGAGAAGGUUAUAUUGUGUUUUAAGAGGGGGCAAACUCUAUUGCUUUUAUACCCAAGAAGAAAUUGAAGCUAAAGUGGAGCCAGCCUUGGUGGUGACCAUUAACAAGGAAACGAGAAUUCGGGCAAUGGACAAGGAUGCCAAGAAAAGAAUCCAUAUUUUCUCUGUCAUCAACCCUGGGGCUGGACAGGGCAUAACUCAGAUUUUUUCAGCAGAUAGUAAAGAAGAUCUGCAGAAGUGGAUGGACGCCUUCUGGCAGCAUUUCUUUGAUCUGUGCCAAUGGAAGCAUUGUUGUGAAGAACUUAUGAAAAUUGAGAUUCUGUCGCCACGGAAACCACCUUUGUUCUUAACAAAAGAGGCGACCUCAGUCUACCAUGAUAUGAGCAUUGAUUCUCCAAUGAAACUUGAAAGUUUAACUGAUAUAAUCCAAAAGAAAAUUGAAGAAACAAAUGGGCAGUUCCUUAUUGGUCAGCAUGAAGAAUCCUUACCCCCUCGAUGGGCCUCGCUCUUUGAUGGUCAUCAUCACCUGGUGGUUCAGAAGAAGGUGUUGUCUCCCCAGAGUGAUCAGUCACAGAAUGGGAAAGGGAAAAAGAGGCGAGCUCCCCCACCGCCUUCUGAUCAGCCUCCGUUUAGCUUAAAAACGCAGCCCCACAGCGAACAACUGGCCAAGGACAGGAUGGAGAAAACGAAUCCACCUCGGACCUCACCUUCGGAUGCCAGAUUGUCCACCCUCGUGCCUCACCUGCAGAAACCAAGGGCGGCUCCUGGGAAACCCCCUCCUCCCAGGAAACAUGGUGUAGCUGCCGUGGGGCACACAGACCCUGAAACCAGUGUCGAAGCCAAGCCACUGCCAGCGCCAAGGCAGAAAUCCAUCAAAGACAUUUUGGAUCCUAGAUCCUGGUUGCAGGGCACGAGUAUAGGAAACACUUAAUAUAUAAAACAUUUAGCAAAAUCUAGGCUUUAAUUCAGAGUCAGUAUAGAUAUACUGAUAUGAAAUUAUGUAGGUAAAUGUGACAGUGAUUUACACCAAUAAUUAACAAGCUGUUAUAGAAAAUGUAUCAGUGAUUUCCCCAGCAGAGUGUCAGUUUUGAGAUAAUAUCCUAGUUGUUGGGCCUGUUCAUUUAUUCUUAAAUACUUCCAGGCAAUAAACAAGCUCGGCAGAAGAAAGUGUUCACAUUUCUCUUAGGGAGAGACUCUGUAGGCAUUUAAAAUGUGUUAAAUAUGAGCCAUAUUCUCAUGGUGAGAAUUUUAAUAGUAACGGAAUGUUUCAAAAGUUUUAUUCAAGCCACAAAUUAUAGAGUCCACCCAAGAAAAUUUUCUUCUUAGCAUUCUGGAAUUCUCAUCUAACGGUUCCCUGGCUCUCGUCUAUUGUUCAACUUGCUAGUUUAUAGGCUUGACCUUUUAAAUUCCUGAGAAACAUUUUGGAAUAUUAAAUUCUUCCAUCUUUAAAGAGAAUUUUUAGUAUGUUUUUCAAAGUUGUUUCCUUGAUGAGCCCCAAAAUCCUGUUGACAUUAAUCUUGCUAGUGAAGCAGAACAUUUCUGAAUUUAGGAAAUUGACAGAUUUUCAUCUCUUUACAUUCACUUUUCUAUGCGUGGUGUUAAUUUCCAUUGUGACGUUGGAAUUUGAGGAAGUAGAUAGCUGAUUAACACCUUCAAAUUCAUUUAAUACUUAUUUUAAAAGCAGAUGGCACAUCGUAAAAAUCUCAGAAAAGUUGGCCAUGGUAAUGAUUUUCAGGAUUC